AUGCCCGACUCUCCCCGCGAGGAGCGCCGGCGCUCACGUUCACGCUCGCCGCCUCGCCGCCCAAAAGCCCACGGAGGUUUUCGCUGGAAAGACAAGCGCAGCGCAAACAACGACACUCAAAAUGAAGGUGAUGCACGCCUAGAGCGGGGUUAUCGGAAUCGCUCUCCCCGAAGACCGCAUGAUCGAGAGCGAGAGCGAGAUCGUGGUGGUGAUCGUGACCGGUACAGAGGCGAAUAUCGAGACCGAGAACGGGGUGGAGAUCGGGACCGCAGCGAUUACCGCGAUAACCGAGACAGGGACAGACCUAGAGAGAGGAGCCGUGACCGUGACCGUGACCGCGACCAGCGCCCCAAAGAAAAGAAAGAGAAGAAGGAGAAGAAGCCCAAGCCCGCGCCCGUCGGCGGCGGCGAAGCAAUGAUAAUCGUGCACGUCAACGACCGUCUAGGAACGAAAGCUGCGAUUCCUUGUCUGCCCUCCGACACGGUAGGGAACUUCAAGGCCCUUGUCGCUGCGCAUAUUGGACGUGAACCGCAUGAGAUUCUGCUUAAGAGGCAGGGAGAGCGGCCGUUUAAGGAUUUUAUUUCGUUGGCGGAUUAUAGUAUUGGAAAUGGGGUACAGUUGGAUUUGGAGGUCGGAACUGGGGAUUAA